AUGUGGUGCUUGAUGGAAUUUGCCGUGGGGAAACCCGGUGCUGAGAGUCGGGCCCUGGCCUCCCUGCUGGGGCUGCUGCUGCUGCUGCUGCUCUGCGCUCCCUCCCAAGCACAGAGCAACCAGGACUGCUGCCUCUCCUACAGCAAAGUGCGCCUGCCGCAGCGGGCCAUCAUGGGCUACACUGAGCAGCUCUCCAGCGAAGUGUGCGACAUCAACGCCAUCAUUUUCCACACCCGCCGUGGACUGAAAGCCUGUGUAAAUCCUAAGGAACCCUGGGUGAAGAAGCAUCUUUCUUGGCUGAGCCUAAAGCUCAAGAGGAUGUCGAUGUGAUGUGGUUUCCAGCAGGGAACUGAACACAGACGUGGAUGAAGAACCACUAGGUUCAACCUCUUGGUUGAGACUGCCAUCCUGUACACUGUUGUGUGCUUACUAACCACUGUGCCUGGC